UUACAAGAAAGCUGUACGGACGCAUCAGGAUCAUAUGUGAUAUACGCACCAGUAGACAUAAUGGCUAUGAAUGUUGUCCUAAGCGGCGGGGAUCCAGAUUAUGUCGCUUUAUUGCCAUCCGGGUUCGCUGUAUUACCUGAUGGCUCUUCAAGAGUAAAUGCUAGUGCAGGAGCUGAAGGAGGAGUAGAUGGAAAUAACCUCGAAGUGGUUACAUCCACCGCAAGUAAUGGCGGUUCGCUACUCACCGUAGCGUUUCAGAUUCUUGUCGACUCUGUUCCAACCGCUAAGCUCUCUCUAGGCUCGGUGGCUACAGUCAACAGUCUGAUUAAAUGCACUGUUGAGCGGAUCAAAGCUGCCUUGGCAUGUGAAGGGGCCUGAUUGAAGUUUCCUUUCAGAAGUGAAAGAGGAGGAAGGUUUAGGAGUUUCUUCAUGGUAAUUUUUUUUUUUGGUCAACCUUCAUGGUAAUAUUUAUUUCUUGUUUUUAAAGAUUUUCCAAAAAAGAAAAGAUUUUCCAAAAGGAAGUCAAGAACGCACCUUUUGCGUUUGCUUUCAUUGCGCGUUUGUUUGCGGGCGGGCCAAAAAAGAGGCUUGAGAAAGAAAAGGGUAAAGAGGUUCGGGUAUUGACUUCUGCUGGAAACCAAAAAAAAAAAGGAAUCGGUUUGUUGUGUUUCAAGCGGUUUAGCGUUUUCUCUGUUGUCAUUUUAUCAUUCACUAGUGAACGUCUUAGCGUUUUGAGUAUUGCCUCUACUUUCAAAGUGUAUUUUGCUACUACUUGUUAUUAUUAAGCCACUCUUGUAGUAUGAUAUUAUAUUAUUGUCGAUGAAGCUCUGAUUAUUUAUUUUA